AUGUCCUCAGCGAGGAGACGGCUGCAGGCAGUCCAAAAUGCUCUGAUGACUGUGCAUAAGGGCACGAUUCCAGAUGGAACCAAUUUCUUGGUUUUGCCGGACGGGAAGAGAGUUGAGAUGUCUGGAGAACUUGGGACAUUGGACCAACACAUUCUUUUGGACGGAAGAACCAUGCUUGCGCUGUCGGGGCUUGGCACUCCUCAUGAACACACUGCGAGUCAUAUACCCCAGUACCCUGUACUUGAGGUCCAUGUUGUGAGGACCUCUGACCAGCGAAUCAACUUGCCAGACAUGUGGACCAUUGUUUAUGCUCUGUUCACGAAAUAUCACGAACAAGAGACGAUCCCUAUCGUUCUUUCGGCUUAUAUCACAAAUGGUGCAGACUUGCGUUCCUACAUUCUCCGCUCGGGGUUGGGCCGUGUAUCCCCCAGUCCAGAUAUAUCACAAGAAUACUUGUUCCUUAUGCGGGCCACGUUCUGGCAGGGGGCUGGGCAAGCAGGAUUCCACGAGCGUGGUUGGCUGCCGCCUUCGGAUUCCUCAAGCUAUGCACUAUCCCCCUUCCCUUUCGUCCAAUCGUUCACGCGAACUCCGCUCGUCAUAGCUGCACACCCUCUACGGCCACCAAAACCAAAGCAAGGUGAAGUACUCUAUAAAAGAUACUGUCCCACCGUUGGACAGACCUUAGACUUCACCUACUUUGAUCUUGGUUCCGGGGAGGGUGUCAGCGCUCAUCUUGAGGCUUUCCACAGGUGGCACAACGACGAGCGUGUUAGCAAGGGCUGGAAUGAAGCAGGGUCUCUCCAGAAACACGUGGAAUACGUGAAAGGUGCACUAAAUGAUCCAUCAGUCUUACCUAUCAUGAUGAGCUGGGACGGGGAAUUGAUGGGGUAUGCAGAAAUCGUAUGGUUGAAGGAGAACCACGUCGCGGCUUAUAUUCCAAAUGGUGCAAAAGAUUGGGACAGGGGUAUGCAUGUCUUGGUUGGGGAAGAGAAAUUCAGGGGCUCAGACAGAGCUCAAGCAUGGUUUCGAUCUAUCCUUCAUUAUUAUUUCCUUGCUGACCCGAGGACGGAACGAGCCAUUGGUGAGCCCAGGGCUGACAAUGCCGCGAUCGUCAAGGUUUGCCUUGACGCGUCAAUGCAUAUUGAAACGAUAUUCGACUUCCCGUACAAGCGUUCUGCAAUGACUUGUGUAUCUCGAGAGCGUUUCUUCAAGAUGGAUGUCCUGUGAUAAGUUUGCUCACUUGAGAAUUAACUUGUAUUAUGCGGGCUUGAGUGGGAAAGACACGCUUGGCAAGCAUCACGUGAAGAGUACUUUUUUGAUCAUGUGACGUACAUCGACUGCGUUAUAUGAGUGGGCGAUUACA